AUGCUUCACGGUACAGGUGAGCCCAAGGUCAAACCCAAGCAAAUGGACACGUCAGAGACCGCCCUAGUGUUCGAAGACGAAGACGAAGAUGAAACUUGGGUUGAAAUAGCAAAGGCUCGAUCGGCCUACCGCAACACGGAUCUACCUCCUGCAUGCCAGGAUGGACAAUGGCCUAAGGUUUUCCUUCCCACAAUUUACCUGUGGGCAGGAAGUCAACCGAGCCUUUGGAACAUCAGUGAUGAUGCGCUCCUGGAAGCUAUCCAGCAUACCUUUGAUGUCGUCUAUCCAGAGGUCGAGUACACACCCACCGUGCAAGGCUCUGUUUUUGGUGUCACUAAUCAACGUCUCUCCGAGUGGCGCAGCAAUUUUGGCUCCACCGCAAUUGCCAUCAUCAUCGAUUUUAUGGCUCGCAAUGAUGACACUAGCCCCGGCGAGCUCGCUGAGUACCUCCUUUCAGAUUAUGCGUUUCUUUAUGAAGAUCCUGAGGUUAUUGACAAGACGAAGACGUUCCAGUCCCCAUUUAUGCUCCAGCUCAUAGCCACUGGCCACUUCCAUGCAACAUCCGGUCAUGCUGAUGUUCCAGCACUCAACACUGACGCUCUGGUCGUGAACGGGAUUGACGGCGUGAUUGGGAUGUGUGCAGCUGCAUUGGAACGCGCCCUGAGGCUCAUCAACGACAACAUCAUUAAAGUCGAGGAUGUACUUGCAGCUCCCCCGGCGCUGCGCAAGCUCAUGCUCAAAACACCAAAGAUGCUCAAUAAGGCCACUGGAAAGGAGACCUGGACUGCCUGCGCGUUCUCGGUCAAUAAUUGGGGCUCAGCAACAAACUCAUUCUCAAAGUCGGCUCGUACGAAGGGGAAAACCCUUACGAAGGACAUCACCUCAAUGGCCCGGAAGCUUCUCAAGAAAUCAAACUCUAGACUCAAUGACUUCUUUUCCAACAGCGACUCUGAAGAAUUUGACGAGCGUGCUUUGGUUUAG